GACAAAACAUAGAGCCAGCCGGGCACGCGCUCCAGCAGUGAAACUUUGCAACCGGCCGAACUCCCAUCAAUUUUUUUCUUCUUCCAGUUUUUGAAGCGAUUUUUGUUUUCUGGCUUGAACUCUCCCUUUCUCUUCACUGUUAUAUGUCAUUCACUGUUAUUCUUUUUCACCUCCAUUUCAAGAUAAGAUGGAACCGGUGAUGGCAUCAAUUCCUGAUAUUGGAAAUGCUGAGAUGGGAAUUUCCAAAGAUAAUAGUGCAGACGUGGAGCAAUUCAGAUGUUGUGUUGAUGAAAUCUUUCAAAAGGUUGAUGAGCUUGAGCAAAGAGUGAAUGAAGUGGAACAAUUCUACUUGAAUACAAAUAAAAAACAACAGAGUAGUUCUAGGGGUAGCUCAAUCGGAAAGGAGCGAGAUAAGGAAAGACACAUUCCAAGCAUUAAAAAGCAGCAGCAAGAUGCAUCUCGACGAGAAGCAGCUGCUGCAAAGAGAAUGCAAGAGCUCAUGCGCCAGUUUGGCACACUAUUGCGUCAGAUCACACAGCACAAGUGGGCGUGGCCCUUUAUGCAACCAGUAGAUGUCAAAGGUCUUGGCUUACAUGACUACUAUGAGGUUAUUGAAAAGCCAAUGGACUUCAGUACAAUAAAAAACCAAAUGGAGGCUAAGGAUGGUACUGGAUAUAAGAAUGUUCGAGAAAUAUGUGCUGAUGUAAGAUUAGUUUUCAAUAAUGCAAUGAAAUACAAUGAUGAAGGAAGUGAUGUUCAUUUAAUGGCCAAAACUUUGUUGGAAAAAUUUGAGGAGAAGUGGCAGCAACUUCUUCCUAAAGUUACUGAAGAGGAGAAAAGACGAGAAGAGGAGGAGGCAGAAGCACAGAUAGAUAUUCAGCUUGUGCGAGAGGCUGCUCAUGCCAAACUGGUCCGGGAGAUAUGUAAUGAGCUUUAUGAGGUUGAUACACAUCUGGAACAGCUCAGAGAAACAGUUGUUCAAAAGUGCAGGAAAAUGUCAACUGAAGAGAAAAGAAAUCUUGGGACAGCCAUUGCCAGAUUGUCUACUGAGGAUCUUGGUAAGGCAUUGGAGAUUAUUGCUCAAAAUAAUCCAGGGUUUCAAGCUAUGGCUGAAGAGGUGGAGAUUGACAUUGAUGCUCAGAGUGAAUCUACCCUAUGGAGGUUAAAAUUUUUUGUCAAGGAUGCUUUGGAAGGUCGGGGAAAGAGUGCAGCAAGCGCAGGUGGCAAUAAUAACAACAACAAACGGAAAAAAGAGAUUUGUGAUGCUAUUGCCAAAACAGCCAAGAAAAGGAGUAAAAAGCCUUCCUCUUGAUCGUAUCACCUGAUGGAUAAGUGUAGCAUAAGAAUUGUCUUUGGUUGCAUUCCAUUAAUAACAAUAACCAGGGAAGCACUUCUAAAAAUUAGGCGGUGAAACUAUCUUGGUUUUGGCUCGAUAAAGGACAUAACCAAGCGACAUGAUCAUUUUCCAGCAUGACUGCUUCCGACAAAUAUGACCAAAGCACAGAUGCCCUGUAAAUCGCCCUGUUGCUGUCUCAAUGCUAAUCUCCGUAUUACAAUUUACAUAUCAUGGUAUAUAAUGGACAAUUAAAUUUUUUAUUUUAUGGUCACUUUUCUCAUCUCUUCUGCCGUGAGCUAACUUUCUAUGGACAAUAUUUUACUGAAGCAUUAUUCUUUCCCAGUUUUUCACUUCCUUUUGCUGGAAGGGAUUUUGAAUUUUAAGUUGUGCUGUAGUAUACAAUGGUUAUAGGCAAACAUGGUUCAUUUCGAA